UAUAUUUAAUUUAAUUUAAUUUAAUUUGAUUCGUAGACAUAAUAGAUUCUAUUAUUAUACAUUAGAUUAUUUACAUUAUUAUUAUAUCACAUAUUCUAGUAUGUCUAUGGUUGUGAACAUAGGGAAGCACAGUCCAUGUCUAUGGUUUCAUUCAAUAAAUAAAACCAUAAACUAGUUUAUAGGUCUAUGGUUAAAACUAUUAAACUAGUAGAUAUACCAUUACACCAGCGUUGUUCCCUUUUUAAUCACGUAGACUUGAAUACAUGCACUUAUUAUCAUGAAUCGCUUUGUUUUCAAAAGUACUCAAUAUUCUAUGAAAACUAAACUUUUACAUGAUGUAAAAAAUACGACUUUCAAGCACGAAAUUGUACAUGCCAAAGGGAAUUUUGUUAUAAAAAUCCAAUACAAAAUAAUUGAUGGUUUAUUUGUUUUAUAUCAUACUGAAGUACCUGUAGAACAUAGAGGUCAUCAACUUGGAUUUUUAAUUUUUCAAGAAGUAAUUGACUACUUGAUCAAACAUAAUAUACAAACUGCUAUAUACUGUCCCUUCUUGAUAAAAAGUCUGAAACUAUAUCCAAAUGGAAAAAUGAAUAUCAUUAAAAAGUUACCUCCAAUUGACAAACUAUCAUUUUAAAAAUAUUAAUAUAUUCCAUGAUAAUAUUAAAGUACUAUAGUCAUAGAUGUAUCAAGUAUUGUUUAUUUGAUAGUUUGUAUACUAAAAAAGGUAUCCAAUGUGUCCAAAAUAAACUAAAAUGGAGUUUGAACUCAUACAGUAUUACCUUAGAACAAAAUAUUACUAUAGUGCACAACUAUCUGGAUCCAAAGCUAUACAAAUUAAUCUAAAUAGUUCAGUUUAUCAACUUUAUUAUGGUCUAUCAUUCGUGCUUCAAAAUAAACUGUCUAAAGGACUGUCCAUACUUGAUGCUUUAGUCAAAAGUGUGGAUAUUGGAUUAGCUUCUACACUGGUUAUGAUCCAUGCCCAUAAACAAUUUGAAGAUCCUGAUACCAACACAAUAAACAUGCUAGAACUUACUGUCAUAGAAUUCAGUCCUUCAGAAGCUGUACUGUUUCAUGCUGCAAAUGUGAUGAUGCUCUGUGAUUGUCUUGAAAAGUCCAAAACUUAUGUUGACCAGCUUUUAGCCAAGUUUCCAAGUUCAGUUGAUGGAUAUUUAAUUAAAGGUUGGCUUGAACUUAAAAGCAACAAUCUUAAAAGUGCUAGAAACUGCUUUAAAGCUGUUCAAUCACAGAACAAUAAUUCAAUUGGAGCGUAUCUUGGUGAAGCCGCAACUUUAGAAAUUAGUGAAGCUAUUCAGAUGCUAAAUCAACUCAUUGUUAAACUACCUGACUUUCUACCAUCUUUUAUUGAGAAGUUAAAUCUUUACAUGAGUGUACAAAAAUGGUCUGAUGUUGUUGAAACUGCUGAUCGUAUAUUAGGCAUAAAUUCAGACUGUCCAUUAGCUAUAAUGGCGAAAAUUCUAUACAACAUAGUUGUUGCUGGGAAAUAUGAAGAAAUACCUAACGAGUUUUUCAAAACUAUUGAAAAAUCAGAACCAAGCCCAAAUUUAUUUGUCCAAUGGUCUUCAGCUUUAUCUCGAACUUGUGGUCAGCAUAAAACCAUUAUCAACGAGUGUAUUCGUGCUAUGCAAAUCACUGUUGAUUUAGAACCAAGUGUCAAUAAUAAGCUAGAACUUGCAUAUCAAAUAUAUUUAUCUGGACAAUAUAAGGAAGCAAUACAACUGUAUAGUGAUUUAUCUAAUGCAGAACCUAUUCCUAAAGCAAUGGAAGGGAUAAUUUUGUGUCAGAUUGAAAUGAAUGACAUAAAUGUUCAAGUUGAAAAACAAAUUGAAUUGUUAAACGAAAUUAGAGGAGAAUUAAAAUCAAGUGAACUUAUUUUCAUAAAUGCUUAUUUUGCAGAAAAUAAUGAAGUGAAAUCAACUUUAAUAAAAUUAGCAGUUGAGAAGCAAUUUGAUUCUAUCACUCACUUAUCAUUUGGCCCAGAAUACUUGAUAAAACUUAAUCCAAAUAUGAUAAUGACUUUUUUGAAACACUUGUCUGAUCGUAUUUAUAAAGAAAUUACCUUAGAAAAGAUAUUAAAUGUUUGCCCUGGACUUAUCAAUUGUUGGUUAAUGCUUGGAAAUAUACAAAACAUAAAAAAAGCUCAUAAGUCACUAGAAAAAGUAUUAGAACUAGAUCCUACAAAUUCAGAAGCACAUCUUAUGAUUGCUAAUCUUUUGAUAAAGCAGGGUCAUUUUGCAAAUGCUUCUAAAAGCUUAGAUUUAGGUCUUAGCUAUAACUUAUCGAUUAGUGAGUGGCCUUUAUAUAAUCUAUUAAAUGGACUUGUUCAUAAACAUUUUGAAAGGAAUAAUGAUUGCAUUCAAGCUUUAGAAAAUUCUUUGAAUAACUUGUCGAAUGGACAUGCACUUGAACACAACAAUUUAGCUUCUUUGUUUAUUACACUAAGUGAAUGCUAUUGUAUUGAAAACAAAAUCGAUAGAGCAAUAAAAAUUGUGAAUAAUGCAUAUGAAUAUUUAAAAGAUACAAAUUAUGAAGGAGAAAUUAAAAUAGCUGAAGCAAACAUUUUUAUUUACAAAAAUGAUACUAAAAGUGCUUUAAAAAUAUUAAAUUCCAUAAAAUCCGAUCAAGACGUCUUUAUCAAAGCCCAAAAAAUGAAAGCCGAUAUUGUUAUGAGGACAAAUCAAGAUCCAUUUGAGUAUGCCGAAUGCUUUAAAAAUUUAGUUGAUUCUUUUCCCACUGUUGAUAAUAUGAUUGAACUAGCAAAUGCAUAUUUAAAAAUUCAGGAGCCCGAUGAGGCUAUUAGAGUAAUCAAGAAUGCAUUGAGUUUGAAGAAUGAACCAUCAAUGUUCUUAAAAGUUGCCCAAGUAUUAGUUGUAGCACAUCAAUAUGAUGAAGCCAUCAAAUACUACAAUAAAUCAGGUAAUGAUGGUGCAUUAGAGAUGGCAAAUCUUUUGAUCAAAUUGAAUCAGUGUGAUAUGGCAAUUAAAGUUUUAAAUCCGCUCCCAUUAGAAGUUAAAGUUAUUCCCAUGGCAAAUGCUUUGGAAAAAAAAGGUAAAUUAGAUGGAGCACUUGAUUUAUUAAAACAGUGUUCUUACUUGGAAAAUCAAGAGUUGAGCACCAGAUUAAAAAUAUUGAGACAUAGUGGUGAGAUUGCUCAUAAGUUAAAUCGAAAUGAUCUUGCUGUUUCUUUGUACAAACAAGCACUUGUGCAUGUAGUGGUAGACAGUGAUGAGGCGAGUUCAUUAAAGAUAAGUUUAGCCAAGUUGUACAUGCAAAUGAAUGAUUGGAAUUCAUGUGAAAUGAUAUGUUCUUCACUGCUCAAAGAUACAAGUAACGAUUUAGCACUGUUGAUUGUAGCCGAUUUAUCGUUUAGACGAUGUGAUUUUGUAACAGCUAAAAAACAUUUUUAUAAACUUUUGGAAAAGCAACCCUCCAAUUGGGCAGCAUUAGCUCGUCUGAUAGAAGUUUGUCGUAGAACUGAUUGUUUGGAAGAAGUAAAAACAUCUAUGGCAGUCGCACACAAGAAUACUGCCCAAGCUGGGUUUCAUUUCUGUUGUGGUUUGUAUUACUGGUAUGCAUCAAACAUCAAUGAUGCAAUGAAGCAUUUCAAUUUGGCCAAAAACGAUGCUGAAUGGGGACAGCAAGCACUGCACAACAUGGUUCAGAUUUGUUUAGAUGAAGCGACAUUAAAUUUAAAUCUGGCCAAUAAGCUGAUAACAGAGAUGAAACCUAAUACACCAGAAGAACAAAAAAAUUAUGCACUGUUGUCCACUUAUGUGUUAUUAGAGUCCAAAGAAAAACAAUCUGUAGAAAAAGCAAUAAAUGUUUUUAAUGAAUUGUCACAAGAAUCGUGCAAAAUUGCUGCUUCGUUAGGUUUGGCAAUGGCUUUUGUUUAUCAAAAACAAGCACAAAGAGCUAAGACAAUUUUAAAAAGAGUUGCAUUGAAAGCUACCUGGCAAUUUGAAGAAGCUGAGUAUUUGGAACGCAGUUGGUUACUUAUGGCAGAAUUAUAUUUUCAGUCUGGCAAGACCAAUAUAUGUGUGGAAUUGGUUAAUAAAGUUCUCGUCUAUAAUAAAUCCUCAAUUAAAGGUCUAGAACUUUUAAGUGCUGUGGCAGAAAAAGAACAGAAAUAUGACGAUGCUGUGGAUUAUUAUCAACAUGCUUGGACAUUAAGUGGACAAAAGAAUUUUAAAAUCGGAUACAAGCUAGCUGUAAAUUUGUAUAAAUUAAAACUAUUCACAAAAUCUGUUGAAAUAUGCUUUGAUUUAAACCCUUCAAGUCCAGACCAAGUUAAGUUGAAAAAAGAUAUAAUGGACAGAGCAAGACUAUCAUUAAGAUCACGAUAAGUAAUUGUGUUAAGACUUAAAAGUUAAUCUAUUUUAUUAUGUUAAUUUUUCACUCAAACCAAAUUAAUUUUAAAAAAUCACCAAAUUGUAUAAUAAAAUGUAGUAAUUUUCAAAAAUAACUGUAUCCUUGAUAAAUUAUAUGUUUUUGUCACCUUUUUUUAUUUGAUUUUCAUGUAUUGAUCUUGUAUGAAUCAUACAAACACACAUCGACAGAAAAACUUGAUAUUACACAAUGCAAAUAAUUAAUUACAAACUUAAAAUAUUUUAUUUAUUUUGCUGGCCCAAUUCAAAAUAUAGAACUGUUAAGAUUUAAUAGUCUCAAGAGUCUAGACAACAGGGCUAUAGAUGUAUAAAGCUGUGACAGAGAGUUAUAGAAUAGGUAGUAAAGUAUUAUAGGUAGUUUAUUAUCUAUGUUUCAAAUAAGUUAUAAGUCAUUACAUGAUUAUAUUAUGAAUUUAUUUUAACACUACAAAAUUAUUAUUGAACAGUGAGUGUGUAAAAGGGAAUAAGUAAAUUUAGAUUGUUACUGUAUCUCGUAGAAUAAAAUGUUCUACAUAGAUUACAUAAUCAAAAUAUUUUGUUUUUGGAAUUUUCUAAUUUUAAAUUAAAAAUGUAAGUCUUUUAAU